AUGAAACAACGACAACAACUUAGAGAGCAUGGUGAUACACUAGCGGAGAUCAACGAGAAAGCCAACGUGACAGACUUCAUGUACCAAGGCGACAUAGUACUAACCUCAGAACAAGCAGAUCAACUCAUAGCUGAGUCAUCAGCCAUAGCCGAUGGAGACCGUCGACGACGUCAGGCAUAUAGGGACAUUUUUUAUCCAAAAACCAUUUGGGGGUCAACAGUUUAUUACUUCUAUGACAACACUGCAACUUCUGUGGAAAGAAAUGUCUUUGAGAAGGCAGUAGCUUACUGGAGAAACAGCACAUGUAUUGAGUUUCAGCAAAGCACAACAGCUGUUAACCGGAUCAAAGUAUUCAAAGGGCAAGGUUGCUACUCGUACAUCGGAAUGAUCCGUGGAGUUCAAGAGCUUUCAUUAGGAACUGGAUGUGACUCUGUUGGAACUGCCGCUCACGAAUUAGGACAUGCUCUCGGCUUCUUUCAUACUCAGUCACGUAAUGAUAGAGAUGAAGCUAUAAGUAUAAAUAUUCAGAACAUCGUUCCAUCAUAUGUUGAUCAAUUUGAUAAAGAGUCAUCUAGUACCAAUUACAACUAUGGCAUGCCGUACGAUUACGGAAGUGUCAUGCAAUACGGAGGUUUGAGUGCUUCGAGGAACAGUCAGCCAACUAUGGUUGCCAGAGACAUCGACUAUCAGGAUACUAUGGGAUCUGAUAUCGUGUCCUUCUACGAUGUUUCGAUGAUGAAUGAACAUUAUAGUUGUAAAGAUAAAUGUCCUGCCCAGACUUCGGCCAAGUGUACUAACGGCGGAUAUCCCAACCCUAGGAACUGUGGAAUUUGUAAUUGUCCUUCGGGCUACGGAGGAGCACUAUGUGAACAGAGGCCUGAUGAUGGUUGCGGUACCACAGUGGCAGCAACUAACGAUUGGCAAACACUGGAAGGAUCAGUAGGGGAUGGAUCGAAUAAGCUCCGAGAUGAGUUCACUAAAUGCAACUUCUGGAUUCAGGCUCCAACUGGUCAGAAAGUUCAAAUUCGUAUUAAGAAGUUCCAAGGUCGCUUCGUUGACGGAUGUGUGUAUGGUGGUGUUGAAAUAAAAACUCAUGAGGAUCAAAAACGAACAGGAUAUCGCUUCUGUUCCACAGAGGAUGUGGGUAAAACAUUGGUAUCUGCAUCCAACAUAGUUCCCAUCCUGACUUACAAUCGUCUUCAGCAGACAAUAAUAAGUGUUGAAUACCGACUGGCUGAUGCCUCGUCUGUCGCUACAGCUACAAUACCUCCAGUCGUUACAACAACGAAGGCAGCUUGUCUGGAUCGAAGUAGCAAUUGCGUGAUCCUUCGCUAUUUCAACUACUGUCGUAUGCGUCAGGUUCAGAACCAAUGCGCAUGGUCCUGUCGUACUUGUUAA